AUGCGCUCCCAAAUCCGCCUCCUCCUGGCGCUGCUCUGCGCGGCCCCGGCGGCUCCGGCUCCUCCUCCUUGGGAAGCGGCUCGGAGAGACCCAAAUCCAUGGAUUUGGGAGGACGAUUCCCAGUCCCCGGCGCGUUCCCAGCAGCAUUCCCAGAUUCCCGUGGAAGUGCAGUGCCAGGAAGCGCAGCUGGUGGUGAUCGUGCACCGGGAUUUAUUCGGGAACGGCCGCUUGGUCAGCGCCGCCGAGCUCAGCCUGGGUCCCGCCGCCUGCAAAUAUUCCCGCUUGGAUCCAUCCCAAAAAACCGUCACCUUCAGCGCCGGCCUCCACGAGUGCGGCAGCACCGUCCAGGUCACUCCGGAUUCCCUGAUUUACCGGACGCUCCUGAGCUACGAUCCCAGCCCCGGCAGCAACCCGGCCAUCGUGCGCAGCAGCCCGGCCGUCAUUCCCAUCGAGUGCCACUAUCCCAGGCGGGAUAACGUCUCCAGCGGUUCCAUCCGUCCCACCUGGGCUCCCUUCAACUCGGCGCUGGCAGCCGAGGAGCGGCUCCAGUUCUCCCUGCGCCUCAUGAACGAGGACUGGAGCUCGGAUCGGGAAUUCUCUCCGUUCCGCCUGGGGGAGGUGCUGCGCAUCCAGGCCGAGGUGGGCUCCGGGGGCCACGUCCCGCUCCGGCUCUUCGUGGAUUCCUGCGUGGCCUCGCUGGGCCCCGGUGCCGGCAGCGAGCCCCGCUACGCCCUGAUCGACUUCCAUGGCUGCCUGGUGGACGGGCGCUCAGAUGCCACCGCCUCGGCCUUUGUCACCCCCCGUCCCCGGCAGGACAUGCUGCGCUUCCAGAUCGACGCCUUCCGCUUCGCCGGAGACGCCCGCAGCCUGAUCUACAUCAGGUGCCAUCUGAAGGUGACGCCGGCCGAGCGCAGCCCGGACGCACUGAACAAGGCCUGCUCCUUCAGCAAGGCGCGCCAGGCCUGGGCGCCCGUGGAGGGGACGAGGGACAUCUGCGGCUGCUGUGAGCUGGGAGAGUGCGGCAAGGAGGAGAUGGCCCGGAACCGGCGGCCAGCGGAACCAUGGGAUGGCCACCGGUACCGGAGAGACGCUGCCACCUCCGAGGCCGACGUUGUCCUUGGGCCGGUGCUGCUCUCCAGUGAGCAGCGGGGCCAGCGCCCGCACAGCCACCAGGGCGCGGUGACCCCGCUGGCCCUGGGGACGGCGCUGGCCGCAGCUGUGGCCACAGUGGUGGCGGCCGGAGCCGUGCUGGCCAUUGGCCUGAGGCGCCGCAAUUCCCAGUAA